AUGAAAAAAGGUAAUGGUGAGGUGGAUUUAUCGAAAACUUUGAAUAACAGUGAUUCCAGUCAUUUGGAACUGGAUGUGGAAAAUGAUGAUGAUGACAGUGACACGUCAUAUCGUAAUCAUGGUAAUGCUUAUCAACAGAAGAAUAUUGUAGACGAAUCUGUGAGCGACUUCAACGACGAUGACGACGAAACGUCGUCGAGUAAGAAACAACGUCGCAACAGGACGACGUUCACGGCGGAGCAACUGCGGGAACUGGAGACGGUGUUCCAGCACACCCACUACCCCGACUGUACCCUCAGAGAACAGAUAGCUGACAAAGUCCAACUCACAGAGGCCAGGGUACAGGUGUGGUUUCAAAACAGAAGGGCAAAAUGGCGGAAGCAGGAAAAGACUAUGGUGCGCAUGAUCGACGUGUGGAGACAGCGCAGCGAUUCCGUCCCGACAUUCAUGUCGCAUCCGUUUAGUUUAUUUCAGCCUCAAUUUCCGGCAAUGCGGUCUCCUCUGUUUCCGUGGAUGCCUCGAUACUCGUUAUCCAUUCCGCCUUUCCUACCCCUGCCGACAUUGACCUCUGACGACUCGCAGCCUGUAUUUAAAGUUGACUUGGAUCUUAAGCCCCCGGCGCCAUCUUCAGAGAAAUCAUCUCCGAGAAUUUACGAGACUUACGCACGAGAUUAUCUUUCGAGAUUAUCCAAUGAGCGCCAGAGCAAGACUGAGCGACAAACUGAUUCCGAUGUCGUUAAAACAGACAGAAGUCCCUCGCCAUCGGGCUCUGCGAAAGACUGA